AAUAGCCCAAAAUAAAUAAAUAAAUAAAAACAACAUAAAAGCAAGCAUUGGCAACGUGAAGGAUUAAAGAAAAAAAUCCCAGAAUCAGGAGUUUUGAUCGUUCAGUGGAUGAUGAUGAUCAACAGUAACGUGCUUCAGCCUUCACCUUCAUCUUCACAGUUUCGUAGCUCAUCGGUUGGUCCAAACAAAAUUUCUUAAACAGCUAAUACUUUUAAGGGAAAUAUUAUUAAUCAAUGUAUUAUAUGACACUUGUUAAAGUUUCUUCACUGUUUUCUUUCUGGGUUGAAUUCACUGAAUUUUUAUAUCGAAGAAGAAUCAAAAAGCAACCUUAAAACAUCGGUCACUAUUAUGUAUUUUUAAUUCAGACUGACUGGAAUUUGACUUGUAGUUGUAGUUAACUAGCCUUCUCAAUUUUUGUUCCUUUGUCUUAUUAUACUUACUUUUUUUGGUUGUCAAUUUAAGUCUUUUAUAAUACAACUCAGCAUUACCCCAACCAGCCUAAACCUCAUAAAUUAAAGUCCAUGUCUUUUGUCUUCAGUUUCUUAUCAAGGAACCUUUGCAUAUGAACAUGGAAUCCCAUUUGUUUCACUCUAACAAGUCUUCUUCUUUUUUAAAUCUAAUUUGUUGUGUUUUUAUUGAUCAGACAGAAAUUUGAUACCUUGGGUCUUUUUUAUUUUUCUCUUAUAGCUCUUAAAUGCUUUUUUUUUCGGUGAUAAAAUUAAAAAAUUGUGAUCACUGAGUAGCUUAUGACAUUGAAAACCCUAAUGCUAGAGAGACCCAGAUCGGUUUCUUUGUACAGCUAUCAAUUUAUGAGCCACCUCGAGUUGCAGUUCUUUCUAUAGUCAUCAUUUACUCUAUCUGUGGAAUACUUUCCCUUGUUUUCCAGGCCAUUUACAUGCAAAUUCGUGCUCUACAUUGUCGAUCUCCGAGAGUAGGCAUCGAUGUCGAUCAUAUGUGGCCUCCCACUCCUAGAAUGUAUUUACUGCCUAGCUUGUGCUCGAUGGGCAUGGAAUCGAUGCCUGCAUACCGCCGGCCACGAUAGUGUAACAUGGGGUCUUGCAACCGCAGAAGAAUUCGAGCCUGUUCCUCGACUUUGCCGCUACAUUCUAGCUGUUUAUGAGGACAAUAUUCGGCAUCCCCUUUGGGAACCCCCUGGAGGAUAUGGGAUCAACCCUGAUUGGUUAAUUCUCAGAAAAACUUACGAAGACACUCGAGGACAGGCUCCUUCUUACAUACUAUACCUCGAUCACGAGCAUGCCGAUAUAGUUCUUGCCAUUAGAGGUCUUAAUUUGGCAAAAGAAAGUGAUUACCAAGUGCUUUUGAAUAAUCAGUUGGGUAAAAGGAAAUUCGAUGGUGGCUAUGUUCAUAACGGACUCUUGAAGGCUGCCGGAUGGGUUUUAGAUGCAGAGUGCGAAGUUUUGAAGGAACUCGUCGAGGAGCACCCAAAUUAUACUUUGACAUUUGCAGGACAUUCUCUCGGGUCAGGUGUAGCAGCCAUGUUAGCUUUGGUGGUUGUCCAGCAUCAGGAUAAACUUGGAAACAUUGACAGGAGUAGGAUCAGGUGCUAUGCUAUCGCGCCUGCUAGGUGUAUGUCACUGAAUUUAGCGGUCAGAUACGCAGAUGUCAUUAAUUCUGUCGUUCUUCAGGAUGAUUUCUUGCCACGAACAGCCACGCCGUUAGAAGACAUUUUCAAGUCACUUUUUUGUUUGCCAUGCCUACUAUGCCUGAGAUGUAUGAAGGAUACUUGUAUACCUGAGGAGAAGAUGUUUAAAGAUCCAAGGAGGCUAUAUGCACCUGGUCGCCUCUAUCACAUUGUCGAGCGAAAGCCUUUCAGAUGUGGAAGGUUUCCCCCAGUUGUGAAGACAGCAGUGCCCGUGGAUGGAAGGUUCGAGCACAUAGUUCUUUCGUGUAACGCCACAUCCGACCAUGCUAUAAUAUGGAUUGAAAGAGAAUCACAGAAAGCCAUGGAUUUAAUGCUAGAGAAAGAUAGGAUCAUGGAGAUACCAGCAAAACAAAGAAUGGAAAGGCAAGAGACAUUAACAAAAGAACACAAACAAGAGUACAAAGCUGCACUCCAAAGGGCUGUUUCAUUAUCAGUGCCCCAUGCUUACUCGCCACCGUCUGAAUACGGAACUUUCGACGAGUCCGAGGACGUAGAGAAGUACAACUCCUGUAAAUUGAGUAGCGAGUCAUCCGUUGGAUCGUCGGGGAAAAGCAAGAGCAAAGUAAGCUGGAACGAAUUGAUCGAACGACUUUUCGAUAGAGAUGAAUCUGGGCAUAUGGUGCUCAAGAAAUCACAUAGGGAUGAUUGGUGAAAUGUAAUUAUUUUUGGAAAAUAACAUGGAUAGAAAAAAAAAAGAUCAAAAAAUAUUAGGAUAUUUGUGAUGAACAACAUCAUUCAUUGAUUAAAUUUAUACUGAAUUUCCAAUCUCA